AUGCCGGAGAUUCUCAACCAACUACAAGAACAUAUUGGCAUAAUAUCAAGCACACUAGAGGAGGAACAAAGUAUGAGAAGAUUGAAGAGGAAGGAGAAGAAGGAGGAGAAUGUUGAGGUGAAGAAGGAUGAUGAUGUAUUGGUUGAGAAUGAGGAGGAUGCGGUGGUGGAGAAGGUGGAGGUGAAGGAGAAGGAUGAUGUGAAGAUUGAGGAGGAUGUGGAGAAGAUUGAUGAUAUGGUGGUGGAGAAGAAGGAUUUGGUGAAGAAGGUUGUGGCGGUAGAGAAGGAGGAUGUGGAGGAGGAGGAGGAGGAUGUAGUGGUGGAAAUGGUGGAGGAUCUGGUGAAGAUUGAUGAGAUAGAUAAUAAGAAGUUUGAGGAAGACAAGGAGGAGGAUAUGAUUGAGGAGGAAGAUGUGGAGAAGAUCGAUGAUCUAGUGAUGGAGAAGAUGAAGGAUUUGGUGAAGGAGGAUAUAGUGGUGGAGAAGAAGGAGAAUGAGAAGGUGGAGGAUGUGGUGGUGGAGAAUCUAGUGAAGGUGGAUGUGUUGGUGGAGAAGGAGAAGAAAGUAGAGAAUAAGAAGAAGAACGAGAAGAAGAAGAUUGAUGAGGAAGACAAGAAAAAGAAGAUUGAGGAAGACAAUGAAGAGGAUAUGGUGUUGAAGGAGGAUGUGGUAGUGGAGAAGGUGGAGGAUCUGAUGAAGGAGGAUGUGGAGAAUAAGAUUAAGAAGGACAAGAAGAAGGUGAAGGUGGAGAAUAAGAAGAAGAACGACAAGAAGAAGGUGAAGGAGAAGGUUGACAAGGAAGAUGUGGAGAAGAUUGAAGAUAUGGUGGUGGAGAAGAAUAAAGAUUUGGUGGUUGGUGGAUUAGUGGUGGAUAAGAAGAAGGACUUGGUGAAGGAGGAUGUGGAGAAUAAUAAGAAGACCGACAAGAAGAAGGUGGAGGAGAAUAAGAAGGUGAAAGUGGAGAAGAAGGUGGAGGAGGAUGUGAAGGUGGAGAAGAACAAGGUGAAUGUGGAUGUGGAGGACAAGAAGAAGGUGGAGGACACGAAGAAGGUGGAGGACACGAAGAAGGUGGAGGAGGAUGUGAUGGAAGUGAAGAAGAGUGCAACCCAAUAUAAGAGAGAGAGGUUGGGGUCGUAA